AUGCGAACGCUUUGUGAUGCUUGUGAGAGCGCCGCAGCUAUUGUUUUCUGCGCCGCCGAUGAGGCCGCGCUGUGCCGUGCCUGUGAUGAGAAGGUUCACAUGUGUAAUAAGCUAGCAAGCCGGCAUAUAAGGGUUGGUCUAGCAAGUCCAAGUGAUGUGCCGCGCUGUGACAUUUGUGAGAAUGCACCUGCUUUCUUCUAUUGUGAGACAGAUGGAAGUUCCCUUUGUUUGCAAUGUGACAUGAUUGUUCAUGUAGGAGGUAAAAGAACACACGAAAGAUAUCUUCUUUUUAGGCAAAGAGUUGAGUUUCCAGGAGAUAAACCUGGUAAGUCAGACAACCCAGCUUCACAACCUCUGGAUCCAGGUGAAACUAAAAGAGGACAAAAUGCACUGUCCAAAAUAAAAAUGGUAGAAAAACAGCAAAAUCACAGGAUGCCUCUGAUUCUGACGGCAGAACCUAAUGUUGAUGAGCAUGCCAUGAUGGGAACUAAAAUGAUUGAUUUGAAUAUGAAGCCUCAGAGAAUACACGAACCAACAUCAAAUAAUCAGUCACCUGGUGACUAUGAAAGUAAAUUGCAACAGGAUCAUACACCAGAAAUCUUUAAAGAGGAAAGGCUUUAUAUAUUUCUCAUGCAUUCUAGAUACAAGGUUGCCAUACUACUGUGUUCACAAUCCUAUUCUCUCAAAUGUGUUGGAUCAUCAAGUCAUUUGAGGAGUAUAGUGGAGACCUAUUUCCUAUUUUAA